AUGCAGGCGACCCUAGAGGAGGUGGAGCUCUCUGCCUCGGGGGGUACACACGUCUUCGGGCGUGAACACGAUCACAAGCUGUCAGAAUUGCGGACGGCACAGAUAGCCCUUGCGCAGGCGUGGGCUCGGAGUGAGGCUGACGAUGCAAUCGCGGCUACCCCUGACGGCAACCCGGCGCCCCCUGCCGGCGACGACCUGCGCAACAUCAUGGGCAAUCUCACGGAGGCGCCACGGGCGGGCGCCGACGGGACUGAUGCGGCAAAGAGCACUGUUGGGACAACUAGUGGUCGCCCUGAAAGCAGUAGCGGAGGUGCCGAUCUCCUGGGAGCCAAGCUGGAGGAAGAGACGGAAGUUGACAUCCUCAUGGCUCGGAAGCGGCGCGAAGCAAACGACCGAUACUUUCAACGGGUCAACCAGGGCGUCAUAGACGUCGUCGCCAAGCUGGAAGACGUUGCAGUGGCCAUGCGCGCAGUUGAGCAAGAGAGCAAGGAUGUCUGGCAUGAGAGUGGCUCAGGUAGCUGA